AUGCAUGUACAGAAAAUUAAAUCUGAGUUUCUCAUAUUUUUUGGUAUAUUAUUAGAUUAUUUCAAAAAGUUUUUCUUUUUACGUUAUAUGCCAUAAGUACCUCCGAUUCGGUAAUAAGGGCACUUGUAAGAUAUCUCGGUGAACCAUUUAGCUUAUCUCGAACAACAUUAUCUCUCCCAAACAAAGGCACUACUGAAAUGUGAAUAAGAGAACCGACGUUAAACAAGUUCUUAUUGAAAUCAAUUAAUCAAUAAGUGUGAAAUUAAGCUCUACUUACAAAGGUCAAACAAGCGUUUUAAGAAAUAUUGGCUUAAUACAAGGCGGUGCAUUGAACACUACCUAUUCUAUGUUUUCUUUUUUCAAAAACAAUAACGGUGUCUCUCUUAACAAUCAAAGUAUGAGUGGGGGAUCACCAGUGUACUGCGACGGGAAUAUUUAACGAUUUCAGUCUUCAAAAACACCUUGGAAAAUGAUUAGAGUGGGCUUAUUGUUAAUGUUCAUGCUGGCAGUUCGUAUUUCUGAAAAUUGCAAGACCAACCCGUGUCCUGUGGAAGUUGAUAAGAACAAGGUCUCUGGUUUGGUAAGCGGUAAGACCAUUGUUACCCCUAUAGUUUCCUACAGCUGUAACGACGGCAAGUUCAAGGCCAAGAUCUCCUGUCUGACCGAUGAUUAUAUGGUGAACGGUUCCACACAAUCAGUCUGUAAGGAGAAAAAGUGGAGCCCACCCCUUCCAGGAAAUUGUAUCCAGAAACCUCCGCCAAAAGACCAUAAAUGGGAGUACAUUGGUGGGGGACUUGGGGGUGGGGCGGUGCUGAUCAUUGUGGUUACAGUCAUCGUGUCAGUCGUCUGCUACAGGUCCAAACUCAGAUCUGAGAAGAAAAAAGAAGAGAUGAGAAGGAUGAAGCGGUUUGGUUCCCACACCCUGGGUCCAAAUGGAGAACGUCUGGAUGGUCGAAAAAUGGCUUCUAUAGAUCUAGACUUAAGUCUUCACAAAGUAUGGACGUGUAAAAGAACAAGGAAAAAGUUUUUCUACGCUGAUACAUUACAAGAGCUCCUUGCCAAAGCUGGUUCAGACUUUGGUUGUCAAGGCAAUGUGCGACUGGUGAUGGAGGAAGAUGGGACACAGAUAGAUUCGGAUGAGACGCUCAGAGCAUGCGCUGGAAAAAUAAUGUUGUUGCUUGGUGACAAUGAGGUUUGGCAACCAGAGGUUGGUCUCUAUGACAAUCAUGUCAACAGGUUAACAUUCGAAGUGUAUUCUUACGAUAGAAAGGUCAGAAAGUUGAUCCUAGCAGACAGUAUUAAAGACCUAAAAUAUCAAGGAUCCGCCAGCUUGGGUUACUCCGUGAUGUCAGUUUGUCUGGAGGAAGAUGGUACUCUCAUAGAUACUGACAGGAUACUCUGUUCGUGCUCCACUAAAACACUCAUGCUUCUUGGCGCUGAGCAUGCGUGGAGAGGAUCUCCUCGUGGCUUGAUCAGUUUUCCAUCGUCUGCGGAUAUAUCAUCUUCUCCAAACAGUACAAGUGAUCAAUUUGAAAUGGGCAUGUUCAAAGUUUGGUCAAACGAUCGAAGUAUGAAAAAAGUAGUAUUUGCAGAAAAUGUUGUAGACCUUCAUAUCAAAGCCUCAAAAGCCCUUGGACUUCGCACUCCUAUCGUGGUUACUUUGGAAAAUGAUGAAACUCAUGAAAUCACAGAUGAUAAUGAUCUCAUGGCAAACAGUGGGAAAGUGUUGAUAAUCAGGGAAAAUACAACCGAGACUACUUUUAAUGAACCAGUUUACCAUGACCCUAACCCGCCAAGCAUGUAUCAUCAAAGACAAUCCUGGUCAGGGCACCAAAAUGGUGUUUAUGGUAUGCAUGGAGCACGCCCUAAUUCUCAAUAUGCCUUGCAACAGAAUCAGAGACUUUCUACAGAUCAAGAAAUAUAUGAUAGAUUUAGUUCUAAUGCUUCAUAUCGUGCCUAGAUCUGAACUAACUGGAGCAUGAGAAAGGAUGAACAAAAAAUUCAAUAAUAGACAAAAAAGCAUCUCAAACCAGUAGAUUGAAGUGCUACAUAAUGCAACAUAGUUUUCAAUUUAAUGGAUUUUUAAUAACACUGAUAUUACUGAGUUAAGAACAAAUUGUAGUUAUGAACUUUAUACAUAACUCCUCAUUUUCAUACAUUUAUCAUAAAUCACAUCAAAAUAAUUUGUAUUCAUGUAUUCUUUAUUGUGUAUAUAUAUAAUAAAGUAUGGCAGUAUAAAAAUA